AUGACGGACAAAACGACCAUCAGUCAUCUUCCACUUUUGACCAAAGUCAAUUUUCAAAAUUGGAAGAAUGUUAUGUUUUUGUUCUGUCUGAGACAACGAGUUGACGCUCAUCUUCUAUUGGAUUUAGUUGCUGGCGAAAAGGACGCUGUAGCUAAGGUCGCAUUGGAAGACAAGAAGGCCAACGCUGCUGGCAUUCUCGGAGGUAAUUUAGGUCUAGAAAACUACGCCAAGUUCAUCACCAACAACAAUGUCAGAGAACCACACAAGAUGUCAGCCACAGAGUACAUGUCACAGUACCUUUCAUGUACCAAGUAA